AUGCUGCGAAGCAGGGGAGGAGCAUGCCCUCAGCGGCUCCUCAGACCGCCACCUCGUGAUGUGGGACCUUCGGAGCGGCCGCGUUGCGAGGACCCCUGGGACAUGAUCCACCACUCCAGGCAGGUCACCGCCGUCUCGGUCGACUGGGACACGUUCCAGGCUAUGAGCGCGUCGAUUGACCGGACCAUCAUCCUGUGGGACCUCGAGGUGGGCGAGCCCCUUUCCACGUACGCGGGGCACUCGGGCAGCGUCUGCUGCCUGUCGGUCGACUGGGCCGGGCGCCGCAUGGCGAGCGGCGCGGGCCCAGGGGACAACCGCAUCCGCGUCUGGGACUUCAGCGACGGCUACUGCGCCAGCGAGGUUGAGUCCCACGAGGGCACCGUCUGGGCGGUGGACUGCGACUGGGCUGCGGCUCACAAGGCCGUCGCGGACGCCGCCGGGGUCCCCUUCGGCGGUGGCGGCGAGGCCGCCGGCACGGCGGCCGCUCCUACGGGGGCGGCCCCCGGCGGCGCUCCCGGCAGCGGGGGCUACCCGGCAGCGUGA